UCGUGUUGUAGAUUGUGGAUAAAAAUCAUUUGCAUCGUCGUGGGCAAACACUGAGGUUACUGGUGGCCGAACGUUGAGUUUUACACUGAAGAAAGCUGUGUAUGUUAGCAACGAAAUGCUGUCAGGAAUACGUCGCCUGAGGUUUGUACCUCAAAUGUUGUUAUUUUUACAAGUUUAGUUUUCGCGCUUGGGAUGCUUUUCGAUCCGUCCGCGGUGCUUUGACGCUGAACUAUUAAACUCGGCGCGUUUAGUGUUCCGGUGAUUCCACUCUUCCGGUGAAAACAGAACUUUCAACCACAACAAAGUUUUGCUUACUGCCAUUUUAGACGAUAAAAUUUCUCAAAGGAAGGUAUUCGUACCCCUAACAGAUUAGAAACGUGAAACGAUCUUGAAACAGGUGAUGAUUGACAUUACCCUGCUUGUAAGCUACAUAUUUGAUUUUUUCUCCUUUUUCUUAUUCCACUGCUAAUGUUAAAAGGUCGUUAGACGCUGUUUGGCGACCUUGCUUUCUUGUUUUUAGAAAAGUGAAAGAGUUCCGUGUUUGGUGAGGAUCGAUUGUAUCCUGCUAAAAAUAGUUUGUCGUUGUUUCAUGACUUUAGUCACGGUCGUAAAAAGUACUUGAAUGAAGGGCAAACGGCCGGGCAAACGUACUCAAUAAUUUUUGCUGUUUUGUUUUGAUGGAGUUUUGAGUGGGGAAAUUCCUCUUGAAGUUUUAAUGUGAAAUGAUUCUGGAAAAUCGAAUGCGACAACAAGUCAUUUAGUGGAAUAAGGGGAAAAUGGUAUUUUCUUCCAAUUUGGACCAUACAGAGUAAACAUUAGUUAAAAAUUUAUAGAAGUUACCAAAAUAAACGUGGUUAAGUACAUCUAAAAAUAAUUUUGUGGAUAGCUGUUUUUGGUUGUAUGCAACGGAAAUCUGUAGAUGCCUCUUUGUUGAUACAUUUGUUUGCAGUGUUUUUUGGGGAAAAUAAAUGUUCCAGUUAAUUUUGUCUUCCGUUUGUAGUAUUGUCACCCAAUCAGAUAGUUGCAUUAACUGGGAGACCAUAUUUACUUGAAUAGGUAUCCAGCGUUGAUUAACUAUAAGGCGAAGCAGCUGGUCGCACGUGUUUUCAUAAAAUCAAGAUUACUGUUGAUCACAAAUGGUAAAAUUUAUUAUGGAAACUUUACGAAGCUGGGUGAACUGAAAAAAUUGUUUGUGAGAUGGGAAUGGAAACUCUAGGGGGGUCCUGAAUGAAACUCCUCUGGAAAAAUUUAGACUCUGAGAUGAAGAGGAAACCUUUAAAUCAACAUUUCAAAGCCGCUGAAAAUUGACUAUUUAAAAUUUCCAAGACCCUGUACAGAAAGUUACCAUCAGUAAUAUUUACAGGUUCAGUAACCUGCUAUUUUUCCAAAGCUGAAAAACUUAUGCACUAUAAUAUUGCCUUGCAUUCGGUGUAGUUUUAAUAUGCUCCAGGCAUUGCUCCAGGCUGAUUUUUAGGUGUUCUUUGUAAACAAAUAACAAAUUAGUGAGUUGCUUUGAUGACCAGAUGUUAGAUGGAAUGUACUAACAAUGAAAAGUUUGUAUUGCUUACUAACUCCAUAGAAACUUUCUUAACACAUUCACACUUUAACUGCAUGUGUGACUGACUGUCCUCUGUACCACUAGUGAUGUCAUCAAUAUUAAUGGUUAUGCAGCCAUUUUGAGAAAGGUUGUCCUAAAAAAUGCACUUCUUUUCAAAUACAAUAAUCCUGAAAGGUAUUGUUUGCUGUUUGCAAUCAAAAGGUGGUUUUUCAAGUGUUUUGUAGGUUUCACCGAAGCUUCAAAAAGAAAUUUGAAAGAAUUGCAUGAAAAUUCGCCAGAAAUAUAAACAAUGCAGGUAAGCCGCCACAUUUCAUUUCAGCGAGUAAUUUUCCUAUUUCUUAUCUUUGGCUGUUAUGAGUUUUAACUUCAUGUUCCAUAAUGUUUUAAAAGUGAAGAAUACAUAAAUAAGUAAAAUGAUGGUCUUCUUUAAACGGAUCCAGACUCGCAUUUAAUGAUUCAAACAGAAGCUUGCCGUGUUCAGUCCUGACACAAACAUUGCCUUAAAAGUUUAACCUAGUAAAAUGUGAGUUUUAUACCACUUUUUACAAAGAGCUCUCUGAGAUAAUGCCGUAAAGGAGACCAGGCAAAUAGCAAGUCGUAAGAUUCACACACUAGAGCUUCUAGUUUUGAUAAAAUUAUUUUAUUUCGCAAUGCAAAGAAAUCAAAAGAUUUUAGAUUUGCACUGAAUUUGCUAAGCUCUGCCAACGUACCUCUAACAAUUCACCCAAAGCGACGGAAUUGAUAUCAUCCAAAGGAAGUUGUAAAUACAGACAUACAUAGAUAUGUGUAAAAUGAUCCAACGCCUCGCUUUCAUGACUAGGCCCCAGUUUUUUCCCAUGUUUUUGCAAUACGGUGCUAAAGGAAAGGAAAGCAACAAAAGUAGGUUCGGCAGCUGUAGUGUCAGGAACAGUGUAUUGAUCAUAUCCCAUAUUACCUUUCGGGAUUGGUGCAUGCACAUUUUUUCUGACAACCUUUCACAAAAUAGCUGUUGACAACUUGAUACCUAGCUUGUGCUAGGGUAAAAAGAUCUUUCAAAACAUUCCCAAUUAAGUGAAUAAAUGUGAUUCAGGCAAACACUUGAGAAGUAGCCUGCUUAUCAACCCCAUGAGGCAAGCUUGUUACUACUUCUGAAUGAGAAAAAUUCCUGAAAAUUGAAAAAAUUAUUGUACAAACAACCAAGACCAACAGUUGUGUGUAAUUUGGUAUUUCGUGGUUGAUCUCUGUCCUUUGUUUUACUGUGUGUCAGUAAUUGACAGUUCAUCUUUUGGAUGGCUGUAUCUCAUUAUGAACAACAAAUGACUCAACACAUAGAAAAAAACACCUCUUACACAGGCUAACAGGCACGAAAAAUAAUUCUGUAACUUUGAGCAGAAAAUUCCAAUAAAAAUCAUAUUCCACUAGUCCUACCUGUAUUUCCUUCAAAAUAAUUUUGUGAUCAUUGGGACUUCAUGAAAACUUUUGCCUACUGAAAUGAAGCCAAGAAAGUGCCUAGCAAAAGGGAGAAACUACAGGGGAGGGGGAACAAAGAAGUAGUGGUGAGGAGAGAGUCAAGGGCAAAAGGUGAGGGGGACAGUGAAAGGUGUAAUUUGCCCUCAGGAAUAAAAAUGGUUUUGGUUCCAUUUGGGCAAUUGUCCCAGAAAUCUGGGACUCAAUGGGAAAUAUUCAUCUAUCCCAGAUGAUCGAAGAUUUUUACAACUUAUUUUUGCUUUGGUAAUUAGUAAAAUCUGGGAUGGUUGCAAGACAGUAAAAUCCCAAGCGUGUACCCAUGGUAAUCUUCCUUUGCUGCCCAUUUGUCAUUUUGAAAUUUUUUAGAGUUCAUUAUUGUUAACUUUGAAUUUGAUUGUAGUUUGAAGCAGUCAUCUUGGCGUAUUUUGUCCCGGCAUCUGUCAAGUGCCCAGACUAAGGCAGCUCUCAAGCCUUUCUACUUUGCUGUCCACCCUGAUCUGUUUGGCCAGUAUCCAAUACAACGGGUGAGGAAAACCUUUUGGCCUGAAAUAUUGAAGUUGUAAGAUGUGGUAUUAUGUCAUCCUUCAGCGGAAGACCAGCUCUAUCAAAAAUAAUAUGUACAUGUAGUGAUUAGCCGUGCUCUGAGCAGUGACAAUUUUGACAAAAAAAAUUUGCAGCCAGAAAUUGCAGUGAAAGUCUCCAAUUUGGUGAGCUGUGUUCUUAAUUUAACCCCCCUCUAGCCUGAGAAAACAGUCGACGACACUUUGUGGUGCCACUACUGGUUUCCCCGUGCAAUGAUGUCUGAGAAACCAGUGCAGAAAUUCCAUACUGAUUAGAUGUCAUUAUCCAGAUCUAGUAGUGUUUCUGAUUGGUUAAAGUAAACUUUUAAAAUCAGUCCAAAGCAGCCCAGAUCUGGUUAGUGAUGUGUGAUCUCAUCAGUAUGGAAUUUCUUCUCUCGUUUCUCAGUCUUCGUCAUUUUGUGGGGAAACCAAUGGUGGUGUCCUGAAAUGUUUAGUUGGCUGUUUUUACAGGCUAACCCCCUUUAGGAGGUACUUGAGUACUUAGUAAAGUUCAGAUGAAAAUCCAUCAUUAAUAUUUUUAACUCUUUACUUGUAGUCAAUAAAUGAAGAUUCUCUGAAGAAGUUGAACUCAUACCUUGAGGACUUGCAGAAGAAAAAGCCAGUAAAUCCAACUCAUUUAAUGUUCUACUUGAAAAAUGACACUGCCACUGCUCUAGAGGAAGGUAAUAUUAACCACUCUGUCAAUAGAGACAAUGUGCAUCACCAGAAAAUAUCCAGAAUACGUCCUUGAGAGACAUUCUAUUGUUAUUUUGUUAAUAACAGAUUGAUGCAUACAAGGCAUUAUGCACAGUUUAUGCCAAAACAGUGAAAUCUGAAAUUUUUAUUUCCCCAGUUGGGAAAGUACAUGUAGGACCCAGUUAUUAGCUGAAUGAAUGAAAUUUUUUUAACGUAUGGAAAAAUUGACAGUUGAAUUAAUACUUAAUGGCUGCCUGGAUUAAGGUCCUGAAUUACCCUUGCUGUCGUAACAUGAAAUUUUGAUUUUGUUCAUGAACGCAAACAAAAUGCAAGAAACCCCUUACGCCUACCCCUUUCAUAUUGAUUUGAGUCAAACCAAUUUGAUAAGAUGACUAUAAGUGAAACUCUGAUUCAGACUUCAAACGUCUCCCAUCCAGAUUUUGAUGAAUGGCAUUUUAAUGUAUUUCCUACCCACAAUCCAGCAUAUUUGGGGUACUUAUCAUGCAUAGAUCCAAUUUCAUGUGGUCAUGAGUCAGUGUUGAAUAUUAUACAUGCUGCAAAUUAGUCAAAUAAGCAAAAUUUAGAAGCUCCAGCCUAUUAAGAUACAAAUCCAUAAGUAAUUAGGAAAAUUCACUUGUGAAAUGACUGCCAAUGUAUUAUUUGUUUCUGUGUGGUUAUUCAAUUCUUUUUUUUCUAUCUUGUUAACAGGAUCAGAGACUUUCAAGACAGUUAGAGUUUCAUUGUUCUCUCGUGAUGUUUCUUUUACAAUCAGCCAUAUUUUAAAGACCUGUGGAAUGUUGGAGGAUCUGGUGACCCUUCACCAAAACAACAGAGACUCCAAACUGUCUGUUGCACUACCUUAUGAUGCACCAAACCACUGGCUUCAUGUUUAUCAACAGUUUAGUGACAGACAAAGCCCUGUGGAUCUUGCACAAUUGCAGAGAAACUCGAGAAGCACACUAAAGGACUUCCUAGUCCAGAAUAUAAAAAAUGCCAAAGAAAAACAAGAAAGUAGCAAGCCUCUUCUAAAGGAAAAUGCUCUCUUAUCUGAAACAAUCUGUAAAGAACUAGGAUUAAAACAAUUGGAGUCGGCUAGUGGAUGGAGUUAUUCUUCACAUCAUGGAUGCUUGAAGAAUUUCUUGAGGCUUUGCUAUACAAAGCAGUCAGAGCUUCAGAGGCUAAAUGGACGCACUGUUGUGUUUACGGACUGGACAGGGAUUGAUCCUCAUGGACGUGUUAUGUUGAACAUUCGGGAUACUCCACAGUUUUGGCUUUCAGUAUGUAUUACUGGUCUGUUUAGUGACACAUUCUUAUUCAUGAAUAAGCUUUAAUUUUAUCAUUAUGGGUGUCUUGCUUUUCAAUCUCACUUUAUUUUGGGAAGGGGAGUACCUAAGUAAUCAGAGAUUGUUUGGUCCAGUAAAUUACCAUAACAUUGAAAACUGGUACUGAUGAAAUUAAAAAUUGAACCAGAGGGAUGCAAUGCCAGUGCAGCCUGGUCUAGAACUGCAGUUAGGGGUUUAGAGUCCCACUAACACUUCUCCCACGAAAAGAGUUUCUCAGCCCCAGUAACAUGGUUGGUAAUGGCUCCUGGAAGGGGACAGAUUUCACCAAGGGUGCUGUACCCCUACCCAUAAUGAUAGGGCUCGUAAAUCUUCAUAGGCUCUUAAGGAUGGAUAAAAACCUGUUAAACUUGUCAAUGCUCUAAUAAGAGGAAGGAGGUAUCCAUGGCAAUCCUGCAAGCAGCCCUCACCAGGCACCGUCACACUGAACAGUUCAGUGGAAUACUUACCUGGCCCUGAACUAAAGAGGGAGGGAGGUUUGGGAGAAAACAGUGCGGCGAGCAAGAAACAAACCUAUUGUGUCAACUCUUUGCGAAGAACUGCAAGCAACUGUGUAUACAAGUCACGAGGUGCCCCUGCUAGAGGCAUUGGGCCACCCCCAGCAUAGGUGGGAAAACUGCAGCAUUCCUUCGAGGUUAACUUUGCUUGCUAAUCAUCUUCUCUGUGAAAGAAUGUGUUUCAGGGAGAUAAAUGGGGUAAUCUCCCUGAAUUCUCCCUCGGCACUGUAGUAGCCCAUCACGUCUCUCUUAAGAUUUAAUUGUAGUUUAAAUUACAUUUAGCCACAUGUAUCUGUCUUACAAAGCUUUGACUGAACUCUUACCUUGUUGACAACUGGAAUCAGGUGAAGUGUUUGAAUUCUGACUUUACAGUCUCCUUUCAAUCUAUUUUACAGCUCUUGUCCUCCUUAGAAGACUACGAUGUUCUAGUCAGUCAAGUACCAACAUGGCAGAGAAGACUGUCCUCUUUGCUUGGUGAUAUGAAGAUUGUGUUUGAUCAGGACUCACCCUCUGUAUCAGUUACUGAGUAUUUAAGUUACCUAUACAGGAUAGUGUCUUCAAUGCGGCGAGAACUCCUUGGAUCUGUAGAUAUGUCAACUUGUUUUCAGCCAAGGGAAUUCAAAGACAUUGCAAUAAGAAUACUGAGGUAUUCAUAGUAUUCAUUUAAGUCAUUUUGUAACAUGGUGGCAGGUGUAACUUGUACAUUAUAAAUUAUAUCACAUCAUGGAAAGAUGGUGUUUUACUACAACACUUAGAGGAACUAAAAUGGACUUCUACAAUGCCUUCUUUGAGGAACUAAAUAUACACCAAAUCUUUGAAGGAUUUGUGUAUGUGGCCUUCAUUGCGUUAAAUUAAUGGUCAUUGUUUAACUUCACAGAUUAUUAAAUGAUAUUAAAAUGAAAGCCUUUAGUAAAUUGGGUAAGCUUAAUUUUUAAUGGACAAAAACCUUGUACCAGAAUAACGAAAAAAUUUCACGUAUAUUGCAUUCUUUUUCACACUUUUCAAGGGCUAUAAAUGUAACUUCAAAAUUGCUUCUAAAGACUAAAAUUUUUUAAAUUUUGAAUUUUUAUUGUUAUAUUGCCGUAAUUCUUAUCGCCAAAGGUAAUAAAUAAAGGUUAUUAUUAAUUUCACAAAAUGAAAUCUUUUGCAUGAGGAUUUUACCUGUGUUUUCUCAAUUGCUGUGAAAUUUGAAAUUUAUUUUCUUGGGCUCCUGCAAGAAAUUGUCUUUAGUUAUCUGUUAUUACAGAUAUCUAAAAUUUUACAUCUAUAGACCUUGAAAAGUAUAAAAAAAAUGUGAUACGGCUUCAAAUAUUGCGGUACAAGGUUUUUGUCCACUGAAAAUUAAAAUUUUAUUACUCAAUUUCCUAAUGGAUUCUGUCUUAAGUUACUUAAUUGAUAACUAGGACUGUUUGCAGUCAAAAUAACUGAGACAAUAUCUUUUGUGUUUCAGUCCUGCAGACUCUCUAAGUCUGUCACUUGGUGGAGAAUUCAGAAUACCACCUUCAAUUCCUUCUGAGUUGAUUGUGGAUUUUCUUGUGAAAAAUAAACAAAAAUCUUUGGAACUACAAGAGGAAAAUGAAAGGUAAGAAAAGUUAGUUGAUCAACUUUGCAUGUCAAUUUUAUUGACACACAUUCACAAUAGAUUAUUGUCUAACAUAGGACAGGGAAUUAACCUUUUGAUUUGAGUCAGGAGCCUAUCAAAUGGAGCCUCCAUCUCCCAUACAAGCCCUUGGAGUCAACCCUUUCCCGAGUAGAUUUAUAAUUAGAACGGUUCCCAGGGGAGACUUCGCGCGCCGACGGUGGGAAGAGCCAAUCACAACGACUAAAUGACACUGCUAUUGUACUUCAUGAAACAGCAGGAAAUCCGGUGCUGACAGGCCAAACAAAAUCAUAAGCUAGUGAAACGUGACUUUAGCGUUUUUAUCCCUCAGAGAUUUUCUUUCUUUUCUUUCUAGCGGGUAGAUUAUACUGUGGAGAGUUUUAAACUCUGACUAUGUUAAUCUUAAUUUUGGUUGCUUGUCUCACAUUAAGCUGGUCUGUUACAUUUUAACUACUACCUGCAGUCUGUAGUUCUGAUAGGAUUCGUUUUCUUUAGCCAAUUUUUUUGAGCUUAAGUUUCUUAUUUCGAAAUGACUCAAUAUUAAUCAAAUUUCUAGUUUUUCAAGUUUUUGUCCGAAAUCGUUUGUCUGAAUAAAUACUGUGGUUGUUUUGUCCGUCAGUUAGUGUGAUGAUUCCCUGCUAUGUUUUGUAACCCCAGCCAUUGUUUUCUCGCAAAAAGUGAUCUACAGAUGCUGGCCUAAACUUCUACAUUAAUUGCUGAGAAUUCUCCUGUUGGUCAGUCAUAAUUCUUUGGGCGUUCCAUUUUGUUUUUUGAGAUAAGAGGGCCUUUGGACUGGAGCCGCCGAUUCAUUCCACCGUUAGCAAAUUAUUUUGAGUUAGCUUCACGGUCGACAACUGUUGUCUUCUGUUCAACUUUUCAAGUGCCAGUUUUAUCAGGCAACUCUCAUGGUGAUACAAGUCAGUUGUAAAGGACACUGCAAUUUUUCUGAAGCAUUCCUCCUUGGUUGCUAAACAUUUUGCAAUAUUAACUGGCGAAAUCCACUAACAAAAAUAAAUGAUCCUGGCACUUUUUCGGCGCUGAUCAUCGAAAAGUUUCAAGUUGUCCAAAAAAUCUGGAAUUUUCAAAUGCUUAAAUGUUGUAUGACGGCAAAAAAAAAAAAACAAACACACUAUUUAAUUUUGUCCCAUCGCUUCAUGCUCAGUCUCAGUCGGGUAAUUCAUUAAAUUUCAUCCCAGAUCAGCGCUGUAAAAUUGUAAAAAUGGACGUAGAAAAGGAAAACGGUCUCUUUCUGAGUUCGAAUCCAACUUCAUUUUUUUUCACGGUGACAUACUCAGUUAUGACACUUUUCGGAAACAAGCCGUUCUAUUUAUAAAUCUACUCGGGAAAGGGUUGACUCAAGAAAUUAAUGGAGAUGGAGGCUCCAUUUGAUGGGCUCCUGUUUGAGUCUAAUAAGUCCCCACAGCUGGGUUUGAAAUAUUUAUUGCAUUCAUUAAUUAUCAUGACACAAGCAUAUAAUUUAUGUCUUUGUCCAUGCCAUUUGCUGCUGAACAGUUGUAGAUCUCUUGGAAACAGUUUUACUCAGUUCAUGGUAUUUUACUGUGGCUGCGCUGUAUCCCAUUUCUUAUUUAAAAAUGUUGCACUUGCACAAAAAUGAAAUCUGCUAAUUUAACUUGGAAACAAUACAUGCAUAGCCUGCAUUGCACAUGUAAUCUAACCCCUGUUAGUAACGUCUGGAAAGCAGUGCGGAUAUCCUUGUUCUGCCGGCUCCCCCAACGAACUCAGUGAAUUACUGGAAAACGUACAUUCUGAAUUUCCUUCAACAGUGGCUUUUUUAACAUGCCAAUCAUGUUGCAUACUCAAAUCCUGGUACUCAGGUGGGGGCCUUGAGCAAGGACUUCUGCGCUGUUUUAUUUGCAAACACACUUGGCAGAGAAUUAGUUCUGUUUGUGCUGCAGGCUAAUGUUAAUUAAGUAAUGAGAUGAAUUGUCACUGCUUUCUUUGCUCCUUUCAUCCUUUGAUUCUUUGUAAACAAGUACAACAAAAAUCAUUUAUAAUUAUCAUGAUGUUCUAGCUGGGAACUGGCAGGUUUGAUGUCAAAUUGUCUAAGAGUAAAUGCCAGCUGUCAGUCUCCUGAAUUAUUUUUAUCAAUAUUGUUGUGUGAUGAAUGGUUUGAGGUCUUCUUUUGUACCUGCAAACAUGUGGCAAACGUUCAAACAGUCAAGGACAUUGGUACAAUUUUUGCGCUGUCAGCAUAGAAGCCCUCUUGGGGGUGGGGGGUAUGUAUGUCCCUAGUCUGAAUUUCAAGUGUGGUUGUUUCACAUUUUGAAGAGUGGGCCUUGUCCUUCUGGGUAUUUUACAGUCAAACCGUGAACACCAGAAAUGUCUCUUGAAUGUUAUUGUGGAACAAGAAAAAAAGCCAAUCUCCCAUGAGAAAACUAAACUGUAAGCAAGAACGUUAAUUAGUUUGUGGUUUUGUGGCAAGUUCGUGUGUUCUCAUCUUUGCUGUGAUUGGUCCUAACACAAUAAACAUUCCUAUUCUUAAAUAUUUCAAGUAUUCAAGGUUUUCCCAAUCGCACUGUAACCCAUGUACAUGUAUGUUGCUGUUUCAAGGCCAUGUCAUCUGGUGCAAUUUUACUCUAACAGGGACUCUGCAUACUGUUCCACAUUAUUUUGGUUAUUCAUAGAUGUUUUGAUUAACCACUUUUUGGCUUGUUUUAGUUGUUAACUGUAUGUGGUUUUUGUAACCUAACUCUGUGCAUAUUCCUCCAUUUAUCUCAGGAAUCUUGUGAUACAAGAUAAAGCAAUAAAAGAGUGCCAAGAGAAAUUACAGCUGGUUUGUCUGUUAAAAGAUCCUUCAGUAUCUCCACUUCAAAUGAGUGACUGCUGUGAGCGGCUAAGCAGGCAAGAUAAUCCUGAUCUUAGUGGAGCUAAUCUUACUGUGUCCAAGUAUUAUCAUGUUAAUGAGGAUGGACACAUAAGUAUCCCAUGGAAUUGGAAGUAAAUUUUUAUAAACCAUCCAUGAGGACGCGUAUAGCCGACAUGAGUUGAAAUGCAAGGGAGUUGAAGGGAGCAGUUGCAUGGGGUCAGACUUCCUCACAAAAAGAAAAUUUGGGAAAGAGAAACUAUUAACAGUACUUUGGGUGCCGCUGUUACAUUUACGAGGUGGCAGGAUGACAGGAAGUGUGGGGAAUACAAUGAUUAAAGUUCUCCAGUAUGGACAUUGUAGUUGUCAAGGAAACCAUUUAUUUUUCAGAUGCUUAGAUGCAGGGUGUGUGUAUACUGCCUCCAAAAACGUAAAAAAUACUAAGGAAGAAAAAUACUAUUAUAAUUUUGUUUCAAAUAGAGUAGUUUAAAAUGUCUUGCUGAAACAGGUAGCUCACUCACCUAAAAAAUAUUAUUAAUUGGUACUUAACGUUGUGCUGUUUAAAUUAUUCAGUUUGUCUAAACACAGCUGUGAAUAAAUUAAGGGUAAUAGAUACAAGCAUAAAAGAAUACGAUUUAAAAAGUAAACUUUUAACUGAAAGGCUAAGGAACAUUAUUUAUUGUUUACAGAAACAGAUCAGGAUUAAUAUAUACAUUCUGUUUCCUACUUACUGGUGCAAAUAAUUAUUUUUCUUGAAAAUACCUUGACCAAUAUUCUGGUAAAAAGCAUGUGUUUAAAAUUUUAAAUACUUCUCUAAGAAUUACUGGU